AUGAUGAACGGCAGUAUGUAUGCACAUCGUGUUUGGGCGUCUUUGGUGCAGGUCGUCCGUGUGGGGCCUAAUGUCCAUCCUGACCUGCUGCAGCACAGUCUGCAGUUCAAAGCCCUCCAGAGGCUCAGAGCCCGCGGUUCCACGAACUUCGCUGCCUUAGCGGUGCGCUACCUUUGCCAGGCCUUGGUGCCGCAGGUGGCGAAGAGUGUCUUAGAUUCGAGUUUAAACCUCAUGUUCCCACAGAGGGGCAUAAUCAUGCUUCCAGUGCCUUUCUUGUAUGGGGAUGAACUCAUUGGCAUUCAUUCGCCUCUAGAGCUCUACUGGCUUGAGUUGCGCCGCAAGCAUUCUGUCACAGUGAAUUGUGUCUGUUGUCUUUUCGUCGAAUCUGUCGCGGCCAAGGCGGAUGUGCUGAGGGACAGUGUAAUCGUCUGUGCCACUAUUUCUGUCUGUGGCUCCAACGACCUGACCUCUCUUGCCGACGGUUUUGAUACUGUCGUUGUGGACGAGGCUUCCCAGGCAGUUGAACUGGCGACUCUGAUUCCACUUCGUCUGGGCUGCAGACGACUCAUCCUCGUAGGCGACCCAAAGCAGCUCCCUGCCACCAUCUUCUCGCGCCAUGCAAUCCAGCUGCGCUAUGAUCGUUCUCUCUUCCAACGCCUGGAGGGGGCAGGCCAGCCAACGAACAUGUUGAGUCAGCAGUACCGAAUGCAUCCUGCUAUUUCCCGCUUCGCGUCCGUCGCAUUCUAUGAAGGGCUGCUGCGGGAUGCCCCCCAUUUGCCCAGUGGACUGUGGACUCCAUUUCCUUCUUGGCAUCGACUGCCCAUCCUCCAGCCCAUCGUCUUUUUCAACCUCGACAGCGAGCACACUGAAGAACACACCUCUCUUGUGAACUACGCAGAAGCUGACUUCGUUAGGCAGCUUAUUGACUUUCUCCGUCGCCUGUUCAUAGCGUCAGGCAAUGCCAAAUGGGAACAACGCAUUGCGGUAAUAAGCCCGUACGCGCAACAAGUCAUCCUGCUGCGUCGAACUAUUAAGGCCAUGCUCGGAAUUUCUGAAGCGAAGUCAUGCCCAGUAGACGUCAAUACAGUAGAUGGCUUCCAGGGUCAAGAAAAAGAUUUUAUCAUUUUUUCCGCCGUGCGCGGCAUUCGCAGUGACAAGGAAGAGGCGAAGAAUGGCACCGUUGGAUUUUUGGGGGACAUGAGACGCCUCAACGUGGCUGUGACGAGGGGGCGAGUUAAUCUUUGGUUGGUUGGGAAUGGCUGCUUCCUCAGGCGAGACAAAACGUGGGCCAGGCUAUAUUCAUAUGCAAAGAAUCGUCAAGCGCUUAUUUCCAUUAGUCGCCGUAAUGCGCAGCACUCAGCUAUUCUCACUAAGUGGGUUCUGAAGUACUGCAAGACGCAUCACCGCGAGAGGAAGUUACUGGAAGAGCAUGCCCCCCGCUUUCUAACGGAUCUUUCGGAAACUCUGAAGGCGAUGAGGGAGCGAAAACAGAAACGAGGGGGCAAAGAAGAUGAAGAGCAGGGCGACGAACUGCAAACUGAGGGCCCCAUAAGUUGGGAACAGCCGAUAGAAAAUCCUGGGGAUGAGGAAGAAGGCGUAGCAACUGGAGAGAUGACAACUUUCCACGAUGUCGCCGAUGAAGGAUGCCUCGACGAAGUAGCAGUUCACAUGCGCGAUGAAGCUCUGAAGUCAGCAGUGGAGGCUGAGGCAGCUGCACCUCCUGUGCAAACGACUUCAACGUCGCAGCCCCCCGGGAACAAUGCAUCCGGGACUGAUGUGCAGGUACCCGGUGGUAGCCGAGGAUGA